GAGGCGGGGCCAAGGCCGGGGCCUGACUAAACCUGGAGACUCUGGUGGCGGAGGGGCUUCAAACCAGCUGAGGAGCGAGGAGCCGCUGGCAGCCGCGGAUCUCGCCGCCGCUCAGGAGAUCUGUUGAUAAUCUGAGGAUUUUUAUUCCACGUCUUCUUGACAGAUGGAAACCCUGAAGUAACCUCGGGCUAACCUUGUGUUUUUGGAAAAUUAGUAGACUGGGUGGUGAAGAAACUGGGAGUAGUAGGAUAUUAGCUAACUUUGCAUAGCCACAUAUACAGCGGGCAGCUGCAUUCUACCAAAGAGGAACUAGAAGGCAGGUAGUAUUUCCGGGGUACAUAUUCGUGCCAUCUGUGAAGUGCCUUGAUGGAUUCGUUUCCUGAAAGUUUAUCGCAUACUUGUACUGGGUUAGGUUUUUAGAACUUCAGCCAUAAAAAUGGGCAGAAUUUUCCUUGAUCAUAUCGGUGGUACCCGUCUGUUUUCUUGUGCAAACUGUGAUACGAUCCUGACCAACCGCUCAGAACUCAUCUCCACUCGUUUCACAGGUGCCACUGGCAGAGCAUUUCUUUUUAACAAGGUAGUUAACCUGCAGUACAGUGAAGUUCAAGAUCGGGUCAUGCUCACUGGCCGCCACAUGGUUCGAGAUGUGAGCUGCAAAAACUGCAAUAGCAAACUGGGAUGGAUCUAUGAAUUUGCGACUGAAGACAGCCAGCGAUAUAAGGAAGGCCGCGUGAUCCUGGAACGUGCUCUAGUUCGAGAAAGUGAGGGCUUUGAGGAGCAUGUACCAUCUGAUAACUCUUGAAGAAACAGAGAUAAAUCCAUCUUUUCCCAGGUCUCCUUCACUGAAAACAAAAAUCUACUUACAUACACUGUCACCUUAGCAUCAGAGUCGGAUUCAUGAACUGCGGAACAAGAGGUUGUGAGAAUCUAAGAUGGAACCUUUCUUUUUUUUUUUUUAAUUUUGUAUUUUCCAUCCAACAGCAGUGUGUAGACAGAAUAUUAUGCAGAUGCUGUUAAUUUUUUACCCUAUGUUUACAUCUUGAGGCAGAAUCUGUCUGCAGCUAUGUGGUGGGCUAUGUAAGGAAAAAAGUCUGGGCUGUUAGAGUGAAAAAGCAUGUUUUAUGUAAAUUUUGAAAGGAUUAAAAUGUUAGGAGUAUGGUUUUUAAACUUGGACUUCAUUUUAAACUUUUUUUUUUUUUUAAACCCAGUUAUUUCACUUGAUUUGCUAGCUUCAGAGAAAAGAUCCGAAUCUGUGCCCAGCGCUAAAGGCUCAGUGUUAGCAUGGCUUGUGCUGGCCGGUGUGCCAUAUUCUUGUUGGAGAUGAACCGUAGCACCAGAGCCCAUUCUUUGUCAGUCUUGACCCAAAAAUGUCACCAUUCCUAGUUAUUUGUCACCACAUAAUUGAUAUUGAUUGGAAACUUUUUCUGAGACGGGACAGAACUGCUGCGUUGUCUUUCCAUGUAACUUAAGCAUAGUAAUAUAAAUAAAGUAAUAGUUGGAUGUUUUUGGUCCUGUGUUGCUUUUACAAACACCUUAUAAAAGAGGAGAGUAUUUGAAAAGCAAUUUUCAUAGUUGUAAAGUGUUUCUUUUCAUCUCUUAAGCUAAAUUGACCAUGCAUAUAAUAUUCUUUGUUUAAAUGAAAGCAUACUGUUUAAACCUUCAGUAUUGCAUUUAGAAACAGUUGAACAGAAUGUCAGUGUGCAUUCAUGCAGAAAAAAUUUAACCUGCAUCUGUUAUAGAAAAGGGGGAAAUGAAGCAACUUAUCUAAAAAUACUGCUUUACAAAGCAUUUCAGCCUUUUCCCCUCAGUUUUGCAUUGAUUUUUGACAAGUCUGUAGAGCCUAAUAGUUUCCAUCAAAGGCCUAGAUCUCUUGUUAGCAUGUUUUUCAGCGCUCUUCCCUCCGAAGUUCAGCUAUUGAAAUCACAGCUGUACUUGGUACCCUCAAAUGGAAAGGGAUCAAGUUUGACUUGGUGUUAUUUUAGCCCCAAAUUUAUGACAUUACAAAGUAUUAAAAUAUAAAUGUUUCUUUAUCCAAACUACUUCUAGAUAUUCUAGUAUUUGCUUCUGAUGGAAUUAAAUGACAGUGAAACUGGUUAAUUAUUUGAGUGAAUGAAUGGAUGUUUUGCAUGCUCAAUUUCUAGAUCCUUUGUCUAGAAAGGAAAUUUGCCUCAGUUGAAUUAGUGAAAUAUUUCUGUUGUUGAUACUGGAAGUGACUUCUGAGUACAGUUAAUUUCCUCUUAUUUGCCACUGGGCUCUUGGUUAGAAGCAUAGGUAACAGAUUAAGUAGGUAUGAUACUGCAUUUGAAAUAAGUGGACAUAAACUCUAUCCCUUCUCCACCAUGGACUCAAUCUAAGAACAGCAUUCAUUCCCAUUCAUUUCCAUACUGGCUUUUGAUUAUAUGCAGAUUCCUAGUAGCAUGCCUUACCUACAGCACUAUGUGCAUUUGCUGUCACAAUAAAGUAUAUUUUGUCUUGCA